CGCCGGCACGUCCGCGCCGGUCGGCAUCAGCGUGCCGGCUGCGGUGUAGCAGAGACAGAGGAGCAGGAGCGCUGACGCGGCUGAGCUGGCGGGUGUUGAAGUUUGCCUUACUUUGCAGCUGGUUUUGGUUUAGAAAAUCUUGUUUUCUUUUUGCAGUAAUGACAACCUUCUGCCAGCAAAUCUGGUGUAUCUGACGAGAGCUCACCAUGGUCAAUGAGACCCAGCAUACCUGCACUGCCGGUUCCAGCUCCAAGUCUGAUGGUGGCAGCAGUAGUGGAAGCGAGAGCUCCAAGGACAGUUCGCGCUGCUCCACCCCUGUCCUCGAUGCUGACCGUCAUGAGCGACUGCGGGAGAAGAUGCGUCGACGGCAGGAUGCUGGAGACAAGUGGUUCUCCUUGGAGUUCUUCCCUCCACGCACAGCCAAUGCUGCUGUCAAUCUCAUUUCCAGGUUUGACCGCAUGGGAGCAGGUGGUCCCCUCUUCAUUGAUGUGACUUGGCACCCCGCAGGGGACCCCGGAUCUGACAAGGAAACUUCCUCCAUGAUUAUUGCAAACACUGCAGUCAACUAUUGUGGCCUGGAGACUAUCCUGCACAUGACAUGCUGCAAUCAGACCAAGGAUGACAUCACAGGGCAUCUGCAGAAGGCCAAGCGGCUCGGGUUGAAGAACAUCAUGGCACUGCGUGGAGAUCCUGUAGGUGAGGAAUGGGAGGAAGAAGUAGAUGGUUUCAACUAUGCUGUUGACCUGGUCAAGCACAUUCGCAAUGAAUUUGAUGAUUACUUUGACAUCUGUGUGGCAGGCUACCCCAAGGGUCAUCCUGAAGCAGAGAGCUAUGAGGCAGACCUGAGGCACCUAAAGGAGAAAGUCCUUGCAGGAGCAGACUUCAUCAUUACGCAGCUUUUCUUCAGAUCAGAAACUUUUCUCAAGUUCAUGAAGGACUGUCAAGCCAUUGGCAUCACCUGCCCCAUUAUUCCUGGCAUCUUCCCCAUACAGGGUUACCACUCCCUUCGCCAGCUGGUGAAGCUAUCCAAGCUGGAAGUGCCUCAGGAAAUCAAAGAUGUGAUUGAACCCAUCAAGGACAAUGAUGCGGCUAUCCGGAACUAUGGGGUGGAGCUGGCAGUGUCCAUGUGCCGGGAGCUAUUGGAUAGUGGCAUGGUGCAUGGGCUCCAUUUUUACACACUCAAUCGGGAAGUGGCUACUACCGAUGUCCUUAAGCGCCUGGGCAUAUGGAAGGAGGACCCUAGGCGACCUCUGCCCUGGGCAGUCAGCGCUCACCCCAAGAGAAGAGUUGAAGAUGUUCGACCAAUCUUCUGGGCCUCUAGGCCAAAGAGUUACAUCUAUCGAACUCAAGAAUGGGAUGAUUUCCCCAAUGGCCGAUGGGGUAACUCUUCCUCUCCAGCCUUUGGGGAACUGAAGGACUAUUACCUCUUCUACCUGAAGAGCAAGUCUCCCCGGGAGGAGCUCCUGAAGAUGUGGGGAGAAGAGCUGACUGGUGAGGAAAGUGUCUUUGAGGUCUUCACAUGUUACAUCACUGGAGAACCCAACAAGAACGGGCACAAGGUUACGUGUAUGCCUUGGAACGAUGACCCUCUUGCUACUGAAACCAACCUUCUGAAGGAGCAGCUGGAGAAGGUUAAUAGAAGAGGAAUUCUGACCAUCAACUCUCAGCCGAACAUCAAUGGCAAACCAUCCACAGACCCCAUUGUAGGCUGGGGGCCCAGCGGGGGUUAUGUUUUCCAAAAGGCAUACCUAGAGUUCUUCACCUCCAGUGAGAUCGUCAUGGCACUGCUGAAAGUGCUGAAGAAGUAUGAGUUGCGAGUGAACUAUCACAUUGUCAAUGUCAAGGGACAAAAUAUCACUAAUGCUCCAGAUCUGCAACCCAAUGCUGUCACCUGGGGCAUCUUCCCAGGCAGAGAGAUCAUCCAGCCCACUGUAGUGGAUCCCGUAAGCUUCCUCUCCUGGAAGGAUGAGGCCUUUGCACUGUGGAUCGAGCAGUGGGCCAAGCUCUAUGAAGAGGAGUCACCCUCUCGCAUGAUCAUCCAGUACAUCCACGACAACUACUACUUGGUCAAUCUGGUGGACAAUGACUUCCCACUCGAGAACUGCCUCUGGCAGGUUGUGGAUGAUACUUUUGAGCUGCUGAACUCUCCGACUCAGGAGUGAAGAUUCCUCCUCUAAUCUCUUACUCCAUCCUUCCGUCCAGUGACUGCAGGGAGAGAAAAAGCAGCUCCUGUGCUGAUAGCAGACCACACACUCCUAAACCGAGUGACCAGGCUAGCUCUCUGAUCUACCCACACUACAUGCUCUUCUGUCCCACACACAGAGAUGCCCUGACCCUUUCUCACUGAACAAUAGUCUACUUGAACCUCUGAGCUGAGGCUCUAGAUUGAGCUUGAAAAGGCCAGCUCUGUAGGAUAAAGAGGUGCUAAUCAUGGCUAUGUUGAUUACAGUAACAGAAAAA